CUCAUAUCGGUGAAGGGCAAGUUCCAGCCAUGUUUGUAUUUUGGCGUUUCAAUAAUUGAGCAUAGAGAAGUAAAUUACUCAAUCCAUCACAAACAAAAUUUAAGGCUAUUCCAGUUCAAAGUUACAAAAAAAGUAAAGCAACCCGUAGAUAGGGAUGUCACAAGGGUUAAGUUUCGAGUUCGAAAUCCAUCAACUAUAUAUGAUGAGAGGUUACUAUGCCAAAAAUGCAUAAAGUCUCAAUCUCACUAUUUAUCUAUCAGUUUGUGAUUAAAAUUCAACUUAUAUCAUGUCAUCUAACUCAUGUCCUGCAACCCGCACGGGUAGCUCAGUUGAUCGAGUGGUGAGAAAAUUGGACCAAAUGACCAAGGUUCGAAACCCGCAGUGGCCGUGUGGAGGUUAUAGAACCUGAAAUAAGGCUGAAUCUCUGGUGCGCACAUGUAUAAGGUCUACCACCGCUUUGCUGAUUGAGUCACUGUAAUUAACCUCCCCACCAUCCUGUCAAGUCGGAAUACGGGCCCUGGGGUCCGGCAUUCAACCAAACUCAUGUCCUGCAAAAAAAGUAAGGCCACUUUACGUGGAAACAGCUAAGGGAGUGUACUUGGUCCAAGCUAAGGGAGUGUACUAUACAGUCUAUACUGCUGUUCAAGCAUGUAACAAGGACGAAGUACGUGCGAUUAUGAUGUUUCCUGCCCCUAGCUAGGGACCAGCUUUGUUUGGUUGAAAAGGUGGAAUCUCCUACACCCCAAGAGUUCUCGUACCCCGACUCGAUAGGAUUUUUAGGAGGACGUUAAUCACGGUGAUUGUAACCUCUGCACAGUCGUUACGGGUUUCGAACCUUAGUCAUUUGGUUCAAAUUUCCCACCAGCUUUGUUAACGGCUGCGGAGUACAACUUAAAAACAGUAGUUUGGAGUAUUACCCAUCCGGGCAGGCCUCAAUUUGAACCAAACAUGGAUGGGAGAAACUCCGGAGGAAAGCAGCCCAGGAAUGAAGAGGCUGAAAGACUCAUAAUGAGAAACAAUGUGCAAGUGGAUGUAGACAAACUCAUCGGAGUGAUGCAAGGUAAGCUGUCGGAAUCGCCGAAAUUACUCACCAAAUCGGCCGGCAGAAACAAAUGCUGCAUUUUCCGGGCACCCGGGCACUUCUUCAGCAGCGGUUGGAAAGCCAACACCCGACCGCAUCAGCCCCGCGCAGUCUCAAUCGGUCCAUACCACCACGGGAAGCGGCAUCUGAAGAUGAUGCAGGAGCACAAGUGGAGGUUCUUGGAGAGAGUGGUAAAGAGGACAAGGGAGAAAAAAGGUGUGGGAUUAGAGGAGUACAUUAAAGUUGUGAGAGGAUUAGAAGAAGAAGCCAGAGAAUGCUAUUCUGAGGCUAUCACUACUCUCAAAGGCGAUGAUAAGUUUGUGGAGAUGUUGGUUCUUGAUGGCUGCUUUGUGGUUGAAUUUUUCCGGUCAUUCAGCGGGAUGUAUCCCUUUGAGAAUGACGAUCCAUUUCGUACUAUGCAAUGGAUAGGAUGUAGUAUCCGAGACGACCUCCUCUGCCUCGAGAACCAGAUACCAUACAUCGUGCUCCAGAGAUUGUUCGAACUUACUGAAAUAGACACCAAUAGGUUGUUCGAUGGCGGCCCCACUUCUUUAGACGGCAUGGCCCUCAAUUUCUUUGGAAUAUCGGAUAAAGUGGAAACACCCCAGGAUUUUGAAGCCCUGCAUCUACUUAAUUUAGUCCGGAAGAGUUUAAUCCCGGUGCCGGGAUCUAGCUCCUACAAACCCCAUUGCCUCUCGAUGCUGCUGAGCGGAGCCGGAGCCGAGCUGGAGCGCGCCGUAAAAGGGCUGUCACGUUUGAACUGUUUCCAGAGGACCGCCGGUGAAGCAGGCAACAUCCAUUGCAUCACCAAGCUGCGGCGAUCCGGGAUCAAGCUGAAGCUGAAGGAAGAUGAGAGCAGUUUCCUGAGGGUGGAAUUCAAGCGGGGGGUGAUCCGGAUGCCACUGCUGAUUCUGGACGACACGAGGUGCGCCUUCUUGCUGAACUGCGUGGCGUUCGAGCAGUGCCACGGGGAGAGUGACAAGCUCGUGUCCGAGUACGCGGUGUUUCUGGACUGCCUCAUAGACACCCACAAGGACGUGGACAUUCUGUGCGAGGCCAAGGUCUUACAGAACUGUUUGGCGACGAAAGAUGAGGUCGCCGCCUUUGUGGGCAAGCUCUCCAAGGCGGUGACGAUCAGUAGUUUCGAAGAGACCUACUUGAGUGAAGUGUAUGCCGGCGUGAACGCCCACUACGACAACAAUUUGCACAUCCAUUUGGCCGAGGUCAAGCACAAAUACUUCAGCUCCCCUUGGUCCUUCAUCUCCCUCAUCGCUGCCAUUUUUCUCCUCGUCCUCACCGUCGUUCAAACCAUUUUCGCCAUUUUAGAUUUUAAAAAUAAGUAGAGAAUUAGGCUUCUAUUAUCCCAUCCUUUUCUUAGACUACCAAUAAACUCUAAUAUGUACCGUACUUUUCAAUCAAUAACAAAACACCCCAUCCUUAUCUUAUCGGAAAUUAUUCCCCCGCCGCACUAGAGUGCUCUCGCAGAUCUAUUGGCAACAAGGACGAAGAAGUCAAGAAGAAAAGCCAUGUGCCUACCAAAUCCAUCCCCAUCCAUGGUGUUUUGCUUUAGAUCUCUACAGUGAGGGCUGUUAGAAAUAUUUCGAUUUAAGUAUUUUUGGACCAUUUAUAUAAUUUAAUAUAUUUUGUGGAAAUGUAUGUCUUACCAUUUAA